CAGAUGCGUUUUUCUACGCCGCGUCCGGAGCACGGGAAGCGAGAGUGGACACAGAGGAGGAAAGCGAAACCGCCUGUAGAGAGGGUCGAUCGCCUCGAGGCGGCAGAUGCAGCCAGCAUGCUUUUUUCUUCUUUUGAGACUCUGAGGAAGGGGUCGCGAGAAGCAUUUAUGUCAAAAAAACGCAGGUCUCCUUCCCUCUAUCCUUUUCUGUUUGUCCACAUACCUCUCUUUGCUGAGCGGACUCUCCGGCAUUCCUCUUUUUUCCUCUUCUCCCUCCUCGCCCUCUUGCUCUUUUGUUUCCUCGACACACUGAAAAAAGGAAUUCCUUUGACCAGGUUGCGGCGCGUGGCGCCUGGGUCACUGCGCUGUUCAGUCGAAAGCGGCUCACCCUCCUGUCCAGACAUUCGCACGAAGGCGAAACUGUGCAGAGGAGGAGACUAACGAAGCUUUUCCCCUUCUCAUCGUAAACGCGAACUCUCAGGCGUCACGAGACUCUUCGUCGUUCCCUAUCUUCUCAGGUGUAUGUACACCUGGAGUCGUGGUGUUCAUUUUGAGGUUUUCACCUGUGUGUCUGCCACGAGCUGACGCAGAGACUCACGUGUGGCGGUCUCGGUGUGCUUUCUCUGUUCUUUCUGCCUAUUCUUUUCGCUUUACCGCUUCCCUCUUCUCGUCUUCCGUGUUUUCUCUUCUUCGCGUUUGUUUUCUCGUCGACUUUCCUCGUUUCCUCCCCCCCCCAAGAAAGACCCCACCGGUGCCGCUCGAGUGCCUGGCGGGUGUAUGUACACCGCGGCGUAGCCUGCUUCCCACGGUUUUCUUUUCCAGGUUCUCGGCGUGGCGCCUCGGGUCUUCCCGCCGCAGCUUUGAAGUGUGCGUGUAUUUUUCGUCAGCGCGUCUUCUCGGUGUUGCUCUCGUCCGUCGCGCCGUUUUCUUUCCUUUCGGACUCCCCUGCCUCGCCUCCCCGACGAAAGGGGCUCCGAACAUAAAUCUCUCGAGAAAACGAGGAGCUCCACACAGCGUUGGCCAUGGCGGUUCUUCUGCAGACGACUGUGGGGGAGAUCGUGAUUGAUCUCCUCACCGAAGACGCGCCUUUCUCGAGCUACAACUUUCUGAAGCUCUCGAAGGCGAAGUUCUUCAACAACGUCGCCUUCCACCGAGUCGAGAAAAACUUCCUCGCACACGUCGGCGCGCCCCUCACGGCAGAUCCUCGCUGGAACGUGGCAGGCCUCAAGGCGUUGACCAAAGCUGGCGACGAAGACAGACAGGGCUGCAGCGUCUGGGGUGUACAGACACUGCUCGAGGCCGGCCAGGUCGCUCUCCGCGUCCCCGCCGCCCCCCGACUUCCCUCGGUGCCUCUGAAGAAGGAGAGGGGUGAAGCCCCUUUGUGUUCCGUCGCCGCGAAACCGGAACCUCGCGCUGAAACCAUCCCUUCUCCAUCUUCUUCGUCUGCUUUCGCGUCGUCCUCUUCUCCGACGGCUUCUCCUCUCGUGGGUCGCACAUCCUUCUUCAGUUCCGUGGACUUCGCCAGUCGCAGUUUUCCGAGCUUUCCGGCCUCCUUUUCGCUCGCGUCUGCGGGAGUCUCUGUCUCUCCGCGUCUGCCGCGGAGUGCGCGCUUCUGUCCAGAUGAGGGCGAAGGAGACAGCAAAGUGAAGACGAGGCGACACGACGUGUGUGGCGUUGUGGGGUGGGUCCCCGCCGCGGGGCGAGGCGCAGAUGAGGAGGGAGGAAACAGCAGCGUUUUCUACAUCACCUUGAGAGACAGAAUCCCCUUCCUCGACGAGAGAAACUUGACCAUCUUUGGACGCGUUGCCGAGGGAUUCGACGUCCUCGAGAAAAUCAACCUCACUUUCGUGGACGAGAACUUCAUCCCCUUGACUCCCAUUCGCAUUUUGCAUACGUUUGUGCUGGACGAUCCGUUUGAAGACCCUGCGUUUCUGGAGGACGCACCCAGCUCUCCGGUGCCUCUGGUCGAAGAAGUUGGGAGCGACGACGAAGAGCUCGACGAGGUUUUAGUUCUGGAGAAAAUCGAGAAGAAAGAGGCAGACGCCAGGAAGGUGACUCUGGAGAUUCUGGGGGACUUGCCCGACGCAGACGCAAAGCCGCCAGACAACGUUCUCUUCGUCGCGAAGUUGAAUCCCGUGACUCAAGACGAAGAUCUUCAGACGGUUUUUUCUCGGUUUGGAGACAUUCUGGCGUGUGACAUUAUUCGCGACUGGAAGACGGGAAGGAGUCUGCAGUACGCCUUCAUCACUUUUCGAGAGAGGAGCGCAUGCGAACUCGCCUACUUCAAAAUGCAGAAUGUCCUCAUCGACGACAGAAGGAUCCACGUGGACUUCAGUCAGUCUGUCGCGAAGGAGUGGCGCAAGUACAGGCAAAUGGGAAGCCGGCAGAAGACUGAAGAAGGCGAGAAGCGGCUCUCGGAGCUCCCGCAGAAGACUGCGCGAAACUCUUCGGUCGCGUCUUCCAUGUCCCGUCCUGCGUCGUCUGUCCCUGGGAACUUCAGUUCUUCCAGGCGAUUCUCAGACGCGCCUCCGAGAGACCGGAAAGAAAACAUGUCUGGGUGGAGCGAUGCCCGCAGAGCAAGAGACGAAGCCUGGAGGCGAGGCUCUGAGCUGUACAGACACUCGACGCGACACGAGAGAGAACGCGACGCGAGAAGACGAGAUGUGGACAGCCGAGACGACGACCGGCGAAGAGCCGAGAGGCGCAGAGAACGAGAGGGGAGGAAGAAGAAGUCGGCGAAGAGCGACAGUGACGGCUCCGACAGCGAGAAGAAGAAAAGAAAGAAGAAAUCGCGACAUUGAGAGGCGCGAACGCUCGCGACACUCGACAGAACUGUGCACAGACAACAAAAGGAAAAAGAAGAAAACAACAGAGACAUUGGAAGGACAAACGAGCACUCGAUUCCUUGUGAAGCUCUGGAAACGCAACCAGCGUGUCUCACGCUUGAUGUCGAGCAUACUCUCUGG